UUCCUGCUGGCCGAAAUGGUGGCCUCUCAGGGGCUACUGUGGUGGUUGACUGGGCAGGGUUUUGGGUUUUAGGUGUUGGGCGUGGCUCUGGUUCUUCUUUAGAACGGGGACUAUUACGCCAAGGGAACCGGAAGCGAAAGGAUAGCCUUUUGUCUGCCAUGAAUUGUUUGGAAUGAGAUAUGAAAAGGUUGGCUUUGUUUAAGAAGUUGAUGGAUGCUUACCAUGUAAAGUCUGGUAUAUAUUAAAGUUGAAUCUGAUACCUUACCUUUUCUUGGUCUUUCUGCUUCAUUACUCUCUCUUACAAUUAAGUAUUUCCUAACGCAUCGUUUAUGACUUAAAUGGGAAAUUAAGCAAUUGCUUAAGCCAGAGUUUCCUUAUCUAAUAGGUCUAGCAUCUCUUGGCUUCAAUUACUUCAUGUUUGCAUUUUAUUCUGCUUCUCCACCUUGUUUUAGCAGAUCUCCAAAAGGCAUGCAAAGUAUAUAUACUUGCCGGAACGCUGCCUUCAAAAGCAUCGGCUUAGUGCACGUGUUAAGAUGGGUUGCUACUAUUUCAACAAAUGAUUCCCAUUGUUAUGAAAUUGAAAAUUGAAGUCAUCAGAAUACUUCACCUUCCUCAUCAAGCAAGAAGUAAACUUAGGCACAUCAAAUCCAGUCCCCACCUGAACAAGUAAUCUGAUGCAAAGAAGAAACUAAUCUCGAAAGAAAUGAAAUUUCCUUCCUGAAGUUAUUCAAGAAAAGAAUAUGAGGAAAGUAGGUUUUGUCAAGUAAGAGAUGACCGUAUGAUAGCAUGGCUUGCUGCUACAUCCUCUGCUUCAUAACCUUACCCCAUCAUCCUUCAUCGGGGAAGCUUCAAUCAUUUUUCAGCAGCUUUCUUGUUUGCCAAAAGGAAUAAAAAUGCAAGGAAUUGCUAGGGCUGUGAGAUCAUGCCAUGAGAUACUCAAAGCUGCAGCUUUGGAGCAUUCCCGCGGGAGACGAAUUGCUUGGGUAGAAAGGUUAGGUUCAAGUUGUAAAUGGGUUACCACUCCAGCCUUAAAAGGAUUGGAGAAUGUGACUGUGGAAGAUGUACUGAUGAAAAAGAGCGAAGAAACUGGACCUUGGCUCUGGUGCCACACAAAUGACACUGUUAUUGAUGCUAUAAAAAAUAUGGCUAAAAACAAUAUCGGGUCAUUAGUUGUACUAAAGCCUGGAGAGCAACAAUAUAUUGCAGGAAUCAUCACAGAAAGAGAUUAUGUGAGGAAAAUAGUUGCACAGGACAGAUCACCCAUGUACACUAGGGUUGGAGAGAUUAUGACUAAUGAGAACAAAUUAAUAACAGUGACAUCUGACACAAACAUUCUUCAGGCAAUGCAACUUAUGACAGAGAAUCAAAUUCGGCAUGUACCGGUCAUAGAUGGCAAGCUAGUUGGCAUGAUUUCGAUCAAAGAUGUUGUUCGAGCAGUAGUGGAGCAGCAAAGCGGGGAAUUGAAGCAACUAAAUGAGUACAUUAGAGGAAAUUACUAUUGAAGCUCAUAGCAAUUUCAUUUUAUGUUCACCAAAAUCACUGUAAUAAAACAUAAGCACAAACUUGGAAGCUACUUCCCACAUAAAGUUUUCUAGUUCAACACAUACAGUGGACUUCUAUUUUAGAUAGUGAAGUGCAGAAUAGGAAAAAUGGUUUCCAGCAAUUA